AUGGGCACAGGCACGUCGGCCUUGCCGUCGCGGGGAAAGCUCCGGGAUAUCAUCUUGCUCCGACUGCAUCACAUGCUCGCCGAUCGCCAGGAGUGCCUUGAGUCGUGGCUAUUGCACGCGUUCCAGAAACUCGACUCUAGUAACAUGGGAUACGUGCCGUUAGAUGCAGUGUACUUUAUUGCCGAGAGUGUGGGAGGAAAGAAGUCGGCGACUCCAAGCCGAGAGGACUGCCGCCGCCUCGCCCAUGCUUUUGACUUUGAUGCGGAUGGUCGGUUUCGCUACAUGCGGUUCAUUUGGUUUGUGCUGCCUCCUGGAAAGAUGUUCAUCCGGGAGGACAAGACGAUUGGGCUCCACGGCAUCUUCCAAGUUUCCAAAGGAAGCUGGGACGUGGGUCACGUGCCGAUUACCAUCAAGCGCCUCGAGAUGAACCAGCAAACGCUGGAGCUGGUGGACGACACCCGCGUGCACAUCUCGUUGCUGGCAACUUUGUCCCAUCCGAAUCUGCUGCGGUACAUGGGGAGCACCCUGUCCGACUUGACGCUGUGGGUGUGUCAAGAGUGGAGUGAAGCUUCGUCCAUUCGAACGAUUCUGGCAGCGUUUGGGCGCAUGAGCGAACCCACGAUUCGGCGCUACGUGAUCCAAGUGAUCGAAGGCCUUUUGUUUUUGCACGCGAACAACAUAUUGCACAAAGAAAUCCACGGUGAAUCUGUCUACAUCGAUACGUCGGGGCUGGUGAAAAUGGGGGAGUUUUCUGUCGGCCCUGCCCUCCACGCCCUGAAUGCUCGGUCCCGCAACUCCAACGACAGUUUGUACGCAAAGUUCCCACCACCCGAAGUCAACCAGCGUCCAAAUGCGUGGGGAACCAAGGCGGACGUGUGGUCGGUGGGCCUGCUGGCGCUGGAGAUGCUCUUUGGUACGGCCUUUGUGAAUCCCCCCCCCGCCGCCGCCCCGGCACCCCCCCCCAUCCCAGACUCGGUAUCCCCUGCAUUUCGGGCAUUUUGUGUCCAUUGCUUUGAGAUGAACCCGCGAGAUCGAGCGACGGCCGAGGAGCUGACGCUGCAUCCAUUCUUCCAACUCGAACAAGACACGAAGGGGACGUGAAUCAAAUGAACAAUCAUAACGAGUAGUGACGUUAAUAAAUAUGCGACAACGUUUAAUCGUGCUACGACAUGACGGGGAGGCGGAGCUGGUUGAGCCAGCUGAGGACUUCAGCGGCAGUGGGUCGGUCGUCGGGGUUGUACGCGAGGCACCUCUGCGCGAUAACAAAGAUGCAUGGCGGACACGUGGGGGUAAAUUCGGGCUUGAGGUCCCCCGACACGACCAGCAGCGCGAUGCGCGUCUUGGCCACGUCGAGCGCUUUGGGCGAGCCGUACACGGGUUGGUUGGAGUUGGAGUAGGGCACUUGCAGCGUGUCCAUCUCUGACAAGACCACGCCCAGCGAGUACAUGUCUGCCUUGGCCGAGUACCGCACGCCCUUGAGGAUCUCUGGCGCGAUCCACGCCACCGUCCCGAUCUCAGCCGUCAUCGUGACACUGGUCAAGCACUCCCUGGACGUUCCAAAGUCGGUCAGCUUGGCUUCGUUGGACACACCCAGCAUGACGUUCUUGGCCUUCAAGUCUCGGUGGAUGAUGUCCUGGCUGUGCAGGUACACCAGCGCCUGCACCACGUCCCGCAGCAGCCGCUCCUUGGACACUUCGCACGUCGAGUCCACGAGCCCUUCCGACUUGGUUUCCGUCGGCAACACUGGAGGGGGUUUCGGGGUCGACUCGACGCUCCAAUUCAGGCGAAAGGCGGGCGAAAUGUUCCACGGCAGAUCCGCCUGCUGCUGCUUGCCUUGCUCCAGCAGCGUCCAUAGAUCGCCGCGCCCCAUGAACUCGGACACCAUGGACAAGUUGUGCAGACUCGUCCACGUGUACCCGUAGAACGUGACGAUGUUCGGGUGGCUGAGCCGACUGUUGAGUCGGAUUUCAUCCAUAAAGUCUUCGAUAUUGUGGAUAUGCGCGAGGCGGUCCGGCAGCAGCCGCUUCAUGGCCACGGGGACCGCCGCACUGCCUUUGCCCGCCCGCCAAGACCCCAAGUACACGACGCCAUACCCCCCGCGGGCGAUCAGUCGGUCGCGGGUCACCGCCGCCGACGGAAUGCAGUACGCUAUACAUGUAUAUAGUCAGACAUAGGUAGCCAGUAAGGGUUAUGAUACCUUUAUAAGUCGGAUCGAACCGGAUAUCGUUGAGCAGUUCGGCACUGUCGGCCAGCGUGGGUCGGUUGUCGGGGGAGCCGUUGCUCUGCCAGUCCAAGUCAUCUCUCCGCCGCCUCUCCCGGCGCUUGAGCUCCAUCCACACGGACGCCAACACGAUGGCCACCGCCGCGCCAAACACGACCAGCGAUAUGUACAGCGUCGGGAGGCGGUCGUCCUCCGGGGUCGCCAGGAACAGCGCUUCGUCCGCCGCCGAAUCGCGCACGAUAGAGACGGGAAGACCCCCCAGGGAGUAGUUGCACGGCAACCGAGACGUGCACGACAGAGCCGGGUACGUUGUGUUGGCGUAAGGGCACAUGGCGGCGUCGUUCAGGUGCGCAUGGUGCUGGAACCGGUCGAGCAUCUUUUGGGUGGCGGUGAUUUUGGCCAGAGGAUUGCGACCCACGCAUCUAGUAUAGGAUGUAAGAAGAAGAUGAAUAUAUAUGUG